AAGUGGAAUGUUAAGCAGGUCCCAACUAGCUGCUGGAGGUGAGUCUAGUGUGAAGAUUUCAUCUGCUCAUCCACACGCUGCCAUGAAUCUGUCAGUGCUUUCAUUGAAAACGCCCAAGCUGAAACCUAACCGUGUUCCAAUUAAGUGAUUUGUAGUGUUAAACUGAUACCAUUGUCUUCAGUAGUCAGUUUUUUUGGGGGGAAAAUAAACAAUACAUGGUGAGGAUUUAAUAUCAGAGUAUGCUCAGCGACUGUUGGAUCAAAAUUUAUGAUGUUUCCAUCGAUAAGUGUUAGAGCCAAAUGAGACUCGCCUUUAUUUUAUCGACUUGCUGAGGGCAAAAUAAAGCAGCGUAUUGGGGGCUUCUAAGACCCAGCAGCAGUGCCACUCACUACUCAUUUUUCCAGCAGAUUUUAGUCUUGAUAAAAUCCUGGGCCAACCGCAGCAGCUUUGUUAGGUUAAAUUCAUGUGUUUGUUCCAAGUUCUUAUGAUUACCGUGCAAAGUGGAACAUGUAAUGGCGACUGUGUUGUGUUAUACAUUCAUCUUUGUUUGGGAUCUUUUUUUAAAGGUCAGAAAUGUGCAGUAGGAGGCCAGUAAAGGACGUAGUGGGAGCAGAUCGUCGGGACAAAGCCUCUCUUUCUUUGGCUUCUGCCUCUUUAAUUCUCACUGAGGCGUUUCUCCUCUACCUGCUGAGGAGGGAGGGGAAAGCCGUGGCUGAUAGGUGUGCUGGCUGGGAAACCACUCCUCUGUGUAGGUCCUGGCUCAAGUGUGCACUCGCUGGAGGUGUGUGAGAACGACAGAUUGUUCUGAGUGGGCAAGCUGAGGAAGCAAAGAAAGGAAGGAAGGGAGUCAGGAGCCAGAGGGAAAGUUGAGAUGAACUCGCUGAGACUGAAGGAGUUGACAAACUCUGACUUGUACAGACGCAGGCAGGAGAGGCCGGACAGCUAUGGAAGUCACGCUGGAGAGAGGUUCAGCAACAUGGCCAAUGCGCUGGCCAACGCCAUGUGCGAGCGCUGCAAGAGCGGCUUCGCUCCUGCGGAGAAGAUCGUGAACAGUAACGGGGAACUUUACCACGAGCAGUGUUUCGUGUGCGCCCAGUGUUUCCAGCAGUUUCCAGAGGGACUCUUCUAUGAGUUCGAGGGCCGGAAGUACUGUGAGCAUGACUUCCAGAUGCUGUUUGCUCCCUGCUGCCACCAGUGCGGAGAGUUCAUCAUCGGCCGUGUCAUUAAGGCCAUGAACAACAGUUGGCAUCCAGAGUGUUUCUGCUGCGACAUCUGCCAGGCUGUGCUCGCCGACGUUGGAUUUGUGAAGAACGCUGGACGGCAUCUCUGUCGUCCCUGCCACAACAGAGAGAAGGCCCGCGGGCUCGGCAAGUACAUCUGCCAGAAGUGUCACGCUAUCAUCGAAGAGCAGCCGCUGCUCUUCAAGAAUGACCCCUACCAUCCUGAUCACUUCAACUGUAACAACUGCGGUAAAGAGCUGACUGCUGAUGCCAGGGAGCUGAAGGGGGAACUUUAUUGUCUGCCAUGCCACGACAAGAUGGGCGUACCCAUCUGUGGUGCCUGCAGACGACCCAUCGAGGGCCGUGUGGUGAAUGCCAUGGGCAAGCAGUGGCAUGUGGAGCAUUUUGUGUGUGCUAAGUGUGAGAAACCGUUCCUGGGACACCGUCACUACGAACGCAAAGGUCUGGCCUACUGUGAGACUCACUACAACCAGCUAUUUGGGGAUGUUUGCUACCACUGCAACCGUGUCAUUGAAGGAGAUGUGGUGUCGGCUCUCAACAAGGCUUGGUGCGUCAACUGUUUUGGCUGCUCCACUUGCAACACCAAACUCACUCUCAAAGAUAAGUUUGUGGAGGUGGACCUGAAGCCGGUGUGUAAGCACUGCUACGAACGGUUGCCAGACGACAUGAAGCGCCGGCUGUCCAAGCGUGAGCGUGACUCAAAAGAGAAGAAGAAGAAACCUUUGAUACCCAUGUGUCUGUGAUCUUUCUCCUCUGCUUGUUCCUCUCUCCCUGGAACAAGUUUGUGGAGUUCGACAUGAAGCCUGUGUGCAAGAAGUGCUACGAGAAGUUCCCUCUGGAGCUGAAGAAGAGACUGAAGAAGCUGUCGGAAACUGUCGCACGAAAAUAAAAAUCAGGUCACCGUGAAAGAGACGGACGGGACCCCCAGUUGACAAUCACGUAUUUUAACUCCGCAAUGACAAUACUCAUGUAGGGCUCUCACUAUAAUGUUGUAGUAUGAGUCAUUACAGUUAUACUACAAUGUCACGCAGCUUAUUUAUCAAUAUUUUUUAUACACCGCCCUGGAUUUUUAUUGUAGAAAUGUAUUUAAUGAACCCAAAGGAAUGAAUUGUCAGAUUUUAUUUUAUCAACCAAUUGUUUGUUCUUUGGAAAUGUUACAUUACCUUUCAUUUUACAUCACUUCAAGUGCAUUUUACUAUCAUAUUGCAAAUAUAUCUACGCGUGUUAUUGGUACUUACAACACAUAUAUCUUGUUUUUGUCAUGAGUGACAUGCAAAUCAAGUGUCCAAUGUAACACAUGGUCCUCUCAACAGCUGUGUACCACCACAAGCCUCCCAGUGAGGCGACGACACCUGUCUGAGUACAACUGGACCGACCGUGUCAAGACCGGAUGGUGGUUGUAUGAGUUGCUAGAACCUGUUUCUGCUGUUUGUAAUCCACAGAUCCUCUUAUGGAGGUCCACCAACUUCUGUGAGGCUCAGACCCACUGAGGAAAGAAGGCUUGAACGUUCUGUUUAAAUGUGUUUGAAAGUCUUUCACAUAGAUGCACAUUCCACUUUUCUGCCAAAACUGCUUUUCUGUUACUGCUAAUACACGUCUCAAAUUUCACAUGGAAGUACUACUUGCUGCAGGACUGUUGGGAAGCAGAAUAUCAGCAGGACUAAAAAUAGUCCAGGAGGAGGUUUUAUGUUGUUUUCUUCUGACAUAAGUUGAAUAGGGACACACUUUAUUUUUGCGGCGCUUGCCAGAAUUGUUACGUUUAUUUUGUCACGCCUUGAGGAAACACCGCGUUGGGUGGAUACCGUUUUGUAAUGUCAAGCAAUUGCAGUGAGUUAAGAUGUGCCUGUUUUUGUUAUUAAAAAAAGACUGAAUAAA